GGCGGACAACAUGGCGGCCUCCAUGCUGGGCUUGCUGCUGCGGACCGUCCGGCAGAUGGCUCCUUCAUCGGCUCCGGGUCAGGUCCGAGGUUACUAUGUGGACUGGAAAAUGUUGCGGGAUGUGAAGAGACGGAAGAUGGCCUAUGAGUAUGCGGAUGAGAGGCUACGGAUUAAUUCACUCAGGAAGAAUACCAUUUUGCCAAAAUACCUUCAGGUCUACUCUUCCAGCAACAAAGAAGUGUUCCCGUGUUCAAGGGCACCGUCUCCUAGCAGCGUGAGUCCUGGCUAACCCAGCUCUCCGGCUGGAGCAGCUGUCCGUGGCAGGCAGGCCGCCCCGCCGGGCUGCUUCCGACUGCAGCCGCUUCUCUCCAGUCCACUGUCCGAGCGCACGGGGAGGGUAGAGCCGAGUCUGGAUGGUCUGCUGCUGUUUCUCUACGGCGGCUGAACAAGCAGCGGAGCCACUAAGUGUUUUCCUGUUCCAUCUUCAAGGGCCCUUGGAACAAAGCCCCUGAAAAUCUAUCCAAAGAGGAAGAGUUUUGUUGAAUAUAUAUAUUCUCUAUUCAUGUUAUUUCAGCUGUAGCAGAAGUGAGUUAAGGUAGCAAAAGGUUUUCUCUGCAGUAACAGUGUGAUCAGCCCAGUGGCAAAUACGUGCUGAGUAUGGCAGCACCUGCUUAGCAUGGGAAGGACACCUGCACUUGCAUCAGGAGGCUGGGAUGAGUCUGCAGGCGGGAAGCCGCGGCACACAGGUGUCAGGGAUGUAGUCACUUCAAUGUAGCAAGCAUGAAGCUCAAGUCAAGGGCCACAUCAGGGCCAUGCCACGGCAAGGGGUUAAGGCUUGAUUUAAAUACCAGCUACUGGAGAGUUUUCAGCAAAGGAACGGCAUCAUCAGCUUGCUCUGCUGAUGGCAGACGGCCAUGCGAGGAAAUCUACAAGCAAGGUACCCAAUCAGGAUGGCUUCAAUGUUCAGGUACACUAGGGACUGAACUUAAGUAGUGAUAUUAGCAAAGGAGAAGAUAGGACAGUUAAGUAUUUAGGAAAGACAGUUAAGUAUUUAGGAAAGAAAAUUGGGCAAGACUUGAGAGGCUGCUUAUGUCUAAAGGUGGAAGGGCUCUCUGGGCUCCUGGUGAGGGAUUAGAUACAUGGCAGACGGUAACCAGACGGGGAGAACGGGUUUGGGAGACACAUCCGUGAGUUCAGGUCUCAGUCGCGCGUGUUGGGAGGCCCGCUGUCCUGGAGGUGUCUACUGUCAGCUGAGGGCAGUCAGGAACUCUGGAGGUGAACUGAGAGAGGGAAUUAUGAUGGACCUCGGAUUCUUAUUUCCUAAAUGUACAACUUACAAACUGGAAUGCUCUAGCUACUCCCAACUAGAAACUAGUUGUUAAUCAAAUUAUAACUGGAACAUCACAUUGGCUGACCCCCGGCCUUUUUUGUUUGAAUUGGGAUCCAAGCACAAUCCACAUUUGGUGGCUAUGUCUCUCCUUUUUCUCCGGGUCUUUCAUUUGUUGGAAGAGCCAGAUUAUUUGUUCCUGUAGUGUCCAACAUUUGGCUAGUUCGCUUCUUCAUGUGUCUUUUAACUUAAUCUCCUGUCCCUAUAAACUGGCUGUUACAUCCAAAGGCUGACUAGA